AUGGGGAGCACGGACGAUAACGACCGACGAUCGAUCGGCGAAAAGAAACCACCAACGAAAACAGACGCGACACCUCUGCCAACUCCAGACAUCAAGGUGCACCGACCACAAAAAUUGAAACGCUUGCGCGAGCAAUAUGAAAGGGAGCAAGAGGAGGUUGACCAGCUCUCAUGCACGGAACAGGAGCCGUCGGCAAAUGAAGAGGCCCGCCAAGGGCUACGUCGGGCACUGGUGUUAGCAUUGGACCAUGUCGGUUUCUCGUCAGCCAGCAAUGAAGCAUUGGAAAGCUUCCUGCUCAUCACCGAGUCUUGUAAGCGCGCCUCUGGUGUAUCCGACGUGGAUACGCUGUACAUGUGA